AUGGGUCGUUGGUGGCUAUUGGCGUUCACGCUCCUUUCUGUGUGGGAGCUAAGCGAUGGGAAAGGUGCCAAUUUGAAGACUGCAAAGGAGUGGGCCGGUGAGCUGUUGACUUUCCGACAUCCGAAGGAGGUGAAAGUGGAGAUAAAGCCUGAGCAGUGGUAUGAAGCUUGGUGUGCAGGGCUCACGGCUGCACGAUUUGGGGUGCAAGCGGCGAAUGCGCGCGGCGAACGGGCGCCCGGUGCGCCGGUGGCGCCCGGUGCGCCGGUGGCGCCCGGUGGCGAGGGCGUUUUGAUGAAGGACCUUGAGAGCUUUGAACGUCUUGCACGACAGCGCCUGGUGCACGGCGUCCAGCAGGAUAGCCUGGAGGAAGCGCUUGCAUUUGUUCGAGCGCUGUGUGAAGGCAUGAAUGCCUUCGAAAACUCUUCCAGGGUCACGAGCGAUGGGGCGCUGGUGGUGCGCAGCAGCUCCCCCCUUUUUGGUGAGUUCGCCACGCGUUCGCGGAUCCCGUUCAACCUCGUCAACGAAGAGGAGGUGAGCUUCCAGGUUUCAUACACUCCACCAAGUGGCGACUGCCCAUUCCGUUGCAGCUGCCAUGCUCGCUGCUUCGGUCCAGCCUCCUGCUCCCAUGAGGGGCAGCCUACAGGAGGGCCAUGGGCUGAGGUCACCGUGGACUUCCCCAAUCAAAAGGGCCUGCGGCUGCCUGCGGCGGCCCAGGUCUUCGCGAACCACGUGACGUGGGCCGAGCUCUGCGGGAAGCGUGUGGUGCACGUGCCCAAGAACGACGUCUCCUCGGUGGACUUGAAGGGAGGCAUCGCCAUCUUGGCUGAGAAGUUUAAGCCGGGCACUACCUCUGAUGGUGCGAUACUACGAGAGGCGUACCAAGCUGGCGCGGUCGCGGUCAUCAAGAUCGGUGGUGGCGGUGCCAUGCUUUACAGCGUGCCAGAUCCCACUGAGAUCCCCUGCUUUGCGAUCAGCGAGGCUGACGGCAAGGUGCUCUGCGACGCUUUGGCGAACACGGCGCCCGGCCUUCUCCCCAAAGUGAGGGAGAUGAAGUUGCUCGACCAGCGUGAAGCACUCCACAGCGAGCGCUGGGGUGCCGGGAAGGUUUGGGUGAUGCUCUCUGGCCUUUACCUGCAGUCUGUUGACUGGGAGAACCCACUAAGUGAAGUGGCUGAGGAGGCCAACGCUUCGAAAGGGGCCCUGAUCUAUGAGGAUUACUUCGAGGUCUACGAAUCCAGCCGAAGUGUAGAUCCACGCUUGAGCUUGGAAAAGAGCAAGCUGAGGAGGAUGAUGGAAUCCGCAUGGUCUCAACUUGGCCGCGUGGGGCUCGCCAGUAAUGCCUCGAUGAUGGGCAAGUUGCUCGCGCUGGGCGCCCAGCGCUGCAAGCUGCGGAUGGACUACGUGAAGUUCUUUCCGGCUGAGACUUUCUCAGGAACCGCCUGCACGAUGCUCUUGUCACCGCACAAGCCGGGCUUGCGGCAGAAACCCGCCUCCGACAUGCUGGUCCAAGCCUGGGUGGCUCACGAGGCGGUGUAUCUGGCGUUGAUGGGUCACUUCACGAAGCUCAUCGACUAUAUGGCACCCUCCUUGUGGAACUUCAUCAAGUGCAUCAAUGGGGAGUUCUUUGGAUGGGAGGCCGACUCCAAGAAGAUCCGCAAGCUCUUCACCGCUUGCACCGGCCCGGUGGGCCCCGUACCGCGGGAGCUCUUGAAGCAGCAGGACCCCACCUGGCGCAUCGUAGAUGAGCGGAAUGCCAUCGGCCUGCAGGUGCGCAGCCAGGGGCGCUUGCUGUGGCGAGAAGCUGAGGGCCCCAGCCGGGCGCACCAGGCCCAAGGCCCUAGAGAAGCUGAAGCACCAGGCCCAAGCUGUUUUGGGGGGGGUGCUUGGGAAGACUUCCGUUGUUUGAAGGCCCGGCUUUGGGAUUUGUGCGGGGUGCUCUGGAUGGUGUGA